AUGCCCGCGGGCCUCACUGAACCGGCGGGCGCCGCUCCCCCAGCUGCUGUGAGCGCAUCGGGCGCCGUGACCAUGGCCCCUGCUGGGGCUCUCCCGGUGCGGGUGGAGAGCGCUCCCCUGGGCGCCGUGACUAAGGCGCCUGUUAGUGUCUGCGUGGAGCCCUCGGCGUCCCAGCCUCUGCGGUCCCCCGUGGGGACCCUGGUGACCAAAGUGGCUCCUGUCAGUGCUCUUCCUAAACUCAGCGGCGGCCCUAGGCUGCCUGCGCCUCAGAUAGUGACCGUGAAAGCCCCCAACACCACGACCAUCCAGUUGCCGGCUAAUUUGCAGCUUCCUCCAGGAACAGUUUUGAUCAAAAGUAACAGUGGUCAGUUAAUGUUGGUAUCUCCUCAGCAAGCCAUGACAAGAACUGAGACCACAAGUAAUGUAACUUCAAGGCCAGCAAUACCAACGAAUACUCAAACAGUCAAAAUCUGUACUGUGCCGAAUUCUAGCUCACAAUUAAUCAAGAAAGUAGCAGUGGCACCUGUUAAAAAAUUGGCACAAAUAGGAACUACUGUGGUAACCACUGUUCCGAAGCCUUCCUCAGUACAAUCUGUGGCUGCGCCAACCAGUGUUGUCACAGGUACUCCUGUAAAGCCGUUGAACACAGCAACUACUCUGAAACCUUCAAGUUUGGGAGCAUCAUCCACCUCCUCAAAUGAGCACAAUCUCAAAGCAGAGAGUCCAGCAGCUGCUCAGACCAAUCUUUCUCCAACAAUGCUAGAAAAUGUGAAGAAAUGUAAGAACUUCCUUGCAAUGUUAAUAAAACUAGCAUGUAGUGGAUCACAGUCUCCAGAAAUGGGGCAGAAUGUGAAGAAGCUGGUGGAACAACUUUUGGAUGCAAAAAUUGAAGCAGAAGAAUUUACCAAGAAACUGUAUGUUGAACUCAAGUCUUCACCUCAGCCUCACCUAGUUCCUUUUCUUAAGAAAAGUGUGGUUGCCUUACGACAGCUUCUGCCUAACUCCCAGAGCUUCAUUCAGCAGUGUGUUCAGCAGACCUCUGGUGAGGUAGUCAUUGCCACCAGUACCACAACAGUAACAGCUACUCCUGCAGUGACAACUACAGUUUCCUUAAUUCAGCCUGAAAAGCCCAUCAUUGUUUCUGCAGCAGCAACACCCAGAACUGUGUCUGUGCAGACUCUAAAUCCAGUCACCACUGGUCCAGGGAGAGCAAAAACUGGAGUUGUGACUCUUCACUCUGUGGGUCCAGCUGCUGUACCAGGAGGCACAACAGCUGGAACUGUUUUGCUUCAGACUUCAAAACCACUUGUGACAUCUGUACCAAAUACGGUUACAACAGUCUCACUUCAGCCUGAGAAGCCGGUUGCCUCUGGAGCAGCAGUAACCCUGGCCCUUCCUUCGGUAACAUUUCGAGAAACUUCAGCUGCAGCUCUUUGUCUCCCAUCUGUGAAACCUGUAGUUACUACUGCUGGAACCACAUCUGACAAGCCUGUCAUUGGAGCUCCAGUCCAAAUCAAACUUGCCCAGUCGAGUCCUGUCCUUUCACAGCCAGCCGGGAUUCCACAGGCAGUCAAAGUCAAGCAAGUAGUAGUCCAGCAGCCUUCAGGAGGCAUUGGAAAACAAGUGACCACACUUUCCCAUUCCUCAACAUUGUCUAUUCAGAAAUCUGGACAGAAGAAGAUGCCAGUAAACACUGUAAUACCUACCACUUCCAUUCUAAAGCAAAUUACUCUGCCUGGAAAUAAAAUUCUGUCGCUUCAGGCAUCUCCUAUUCAGAAACAUAAAAUAAAAGAGAAUGGAACAACAUGCUUCAGAGAUGAAGAUGACAUCAAUGAUGUGACUUCCAUGGCAGGGGUCAACCUUCAUGAAGAAAAUGCCUGCAUCUUAGCAACAAACUCUGAACUGGUUGGCACACUCAUUCAGUCAUGUAAAGAUGAACCAUUUCUUUUCAUUGGAGCUCUUCAAAAGAGAAUUUUAGAUAUUGGUAAAAAGCAUGAUAUUACAGAACUUAACUCUGAUGCUGUGAACUUGAUCUCCCAUGCAACACAAGAGAGAUUACGAGGCCUUCUAGAAAAAUUGACCACAAUUGCUCAGCAUCGAAUGACUACUUACAAGGCAAGUGAAAAUUACAUCCUGUCUAGUGAUACCAGAUCACAGCUUAAAUUUCUUGAAAAGCUGGAUCAAUUGGAGAAGCAGAGAAAGGAUUUAGAAGAAAGAGAAAUGUUACUUAAGGCAGCCAAGAGUCGUUCCAAUAAAGAAGACCCGGAACAGCUGCGAUUAAAGCAGAAAGCCAAAGAGUUGCAGCAAUUGGAACUCGCACAGAUACAACACAGAGACGCUAAUCUUACUGCUCUUGCAGCUAUUGGACCAAGGAAGAAGAGACCACUAGAGUCUGCAAGUGAGGGCUUAAAAGACAACCUUCUUGCUUCUGGGACAUCCAGCCUGACAGCCACCAAACAGUUGCUUCGUCCGAGAAUCACAAGAAUCUGCCUCAGGGACUUGAUAUUUUGUAUGGAACAGGAAAGGGAGAUGAAGUAUUCCCGAGCUCUAUACCUGGCCCUUCUGAAGUGACCACUCUCCAUUCAGAUCUUUGCUGUUUACUGCCAAAGAAGAUGUACCGAGCAUUGUUGCACUAUCCUGAAAUUCUCUUUCUGAAAAAUAAUCACCAAUAUGGAAGACCAUUGUUUACAAUUAUAGGCUCUUAUUAAGUCUUACUUAUACAUCCCAUGUGGUUCUUACAGACUAGAACUUAGCUUUCUUUUCUGAAAAUCAGCUGUGAAACAGGUUACACAGAAGUAGGUAUCUGUCUACCUAUGUGUUUAAUUACAGUAAGCUAAGGCCCUGUUUGUUACUACUUGCUUCAUUUGUCAAACUGUAAUAAAUAAGAUGUCUUUCUGUAAUAUAUCAUUACUUACCAAGAAAAAUGUAUCUAAUCUUAUACUGAGCCUAUCCCAAAGUGUUAGGUUUUCUGGGUUGGAGUCAGAAUUGCUUAGGUAACUAGGACAGUCACCUGCUGUAGUUGAAAGUGACACCAGAGAGUAGAGCCCGUGGUGACUUUGGUUGGCUAAGUCCCAGUGUUGUCAAAAUGAGACAAAUGGGAGUAGUUUGUGCUUGUGAUUGCUAAUUCUCUGGUUCAUCUCACCAUGUGCUGCUCCUCAUACUAAGUGAGGGGACAUCCUUGUCAGGGAAACCUUAAAAUUGAAGCUGUUGAUAUACCUCAUUGAAAUAUAGAAAACAUGGAAAGUAUUGGAAGGAAUGAUAGGGCACUGAGUUCAAACCGGUGAGGGGAAAAUGAAAAUGGAGUCAUAAAACAGGAAGCUUGCCGCAUAUGCCUAAGGGGGCGGGGGUGGAACUGGAACUCCAAAACAACUAUUCCAUUUUGUUGUUGUUGUUGGAAGAAAAACAUCACAGCCCAACCAAAAAGGGAAAUGUGGAUGCAAACUAUAGAAUUUCAAAAAGAAGUAGGCAUUUUUUGUUUUGUAUUUUUUAAAUCCCAAGCAGGAUGGUUUUCUGUGGUUUCGUUCUUUUGGAAAAUCUUUUAGUUACCCUAAAUAUUAAACAUCUUAGUGCAUUUAAAAGAAAUCCUAAUUAAUGACUUAAAAUUUUAAAUGAUAUGACUGCAUUUUGGAUUCUGUUCUUAAAAGGUACUGUACAACAUCUCACUGUUGGGGGAUGUUCGCUGUAAGUGAGAGGAACAUAUCGUACAUCUGAGGAAGAAGAUGUGCAAAGCAAACCCUCUUUUCUUUCCUUGUUUUUCUUUUUUCAGUUCCACCUAUGCAGAAUGUAACUAGUAAAAAAUAAUAGCUCUAGUUAGAAUCACAUACAGAAAGAAAGAUUAAGUCCUCCGAGCAGGGUUAAAAAAAUGGGAAAUGCUGUGCUUCUUAGGAAAAGAAUUCAGGGGAGAAAACACCUCAAGUAUGUUACUUUUCAUCCUGUUCUUCCAGUAAGGUUUGUUAUGGCCGUAUUCUACACCAUAGUAAGUUUUAAAUUGGCCACAUUUGUUGUUUCAGCAGGUUAUGUAAAAUGCUAUAAAUUAUGUAUAUGUUAAAAGAAUACUUUAA